UUCCCACAAUGCCCGGUAAUAUAUUAUUACAUCAUCAAAUCGCGUCCGCCGUUCCUCUGGCAACGCUUGUAACGGCAACUCCGCCACUUAGCUAACCUAGCUUGGAACUUUUCAAAUGUGAUGCCGAGAAUAAGCUCGGACACACUGUGGGAGCUGGCAGCAGCCGAGGUUCACAGCAGAGAAACUGGAGGAGGAGAAGAGGAUGGAGGAGGAGAGGAUGGAGGAGAGUCAGUCAGCGAGAGGACCGUGUUUCUGAUGGGGAGCAAGGCGGGGGGUAAAACGACAAUCCUUCUCAGAUGUCUCGACAGGGAUGAACCUUCCAAGCCAACCCUGGCACUGGAGUACACUUUUGGUAGAAGAGCCCGAGGACACAACACACCUAAAGAUAUAGCCCACCUAUGGGAGCUUGGAGGAGGAACUUCUUUGUCGGACCUGGUCCAGAUCCCAAUUUCUCCUGUCAGCAUCAGGUCUCUCUCUGUCAUCCUCAUUCUGGACUUGUCUAAACCCAAUGCCCUGUGGGGAACCAUGGAGAAGCUCCUGCAGGCAGCACAGGAUCAGCUGGAGAAAGUCUUUUCCCUUGCUCAGCAAGGGCAGAAGACCAAAUCUGGCACUAAACACCAGACCUCUGUCCACUCAGCAGCACGCGUCUUACCCAAAGAUUUCCCAGACAGAGAGCUGAUCAGUCCCUUUCCUGUCCCUUUGCUCAUCAUUGGAAGCAAAUAUGAUCUCUUUCAGGAUUUUGACUCGGACAAGAGGAAAGUGGUUAGUAAAACACUGCGUUUUAUAGCCCACUACUAUGCAGCCUCUCUUGUUUUCACAAGCAUCAAGUCAGAGAGCCUCAUGUCAAAAACCAAGAGUUUCUUCUCUCACCUGGCUUUUGGUCUGGACAGAGGGAAAACUGUGACCAGUGACCCCACCAAGCCUCUCAUCAUUCCAGCCGGCUUUGACUCCUUCACCCAAAUAGGAUCCCCUCCCACUUCUGAUGUGGACAUUACUUCUCUUCACGCCAAAAACCCAAAGGACCUCUGGAAGAAAGUCUAUGAGCGAGUUUUCCCCCAAGAGAAUACCAGUGAGCAGAGGGAGCUGAAGGAUCCAGCCAAAGACCCACGGUACAGUGAGCCUCAGAUUGAUGCCAUGAGAGUCCAGAAAGACCAGGAGUUGGAUCAAUAUAAGAGGAAUGCAGCUAAGUCAUGGAAAGGGCUGGAGCUGGACACAUGAGAGAUAAUCAGAUACAUGUUCACACACAAACAUGACAUAUUAGUGUUAAUACAAUCUUCAUUUUGAAAUAUGUAUUUAUUUUUGAGUCAUUUCUAACAUUUUUGUUAAUACUUUUCAAUUCAUACACCAGUUUUAUAGUCCACAUGUAUUUUUCUCUAAAUACUUCAGAAACUGUGUACUUCUGAUAAAAAUGUGUUCCAAAAAAUAAA